AUGAAGGAAUCAGAAGGCAGUGUGUCAACCUCUGAGUCAGAGGCGGCGCCAUCCUGCCGCCCUGCCUCUCGGCGCAUCGGGGCGGUGGUCCUGGCGGCGGUCGCAGUGGCGGUCGUGUCAGAAGCCGUGGUCAUGGUGGCGGUGGGAGCCGUGGUUGUUCUGAUGCUGCUGUCGAUGAAUCUGCCAGCGAAGCCACAUCAGAGACAGCAGAAACAAAGAGAGUUCGACUACAAGAAGCGCAAUGGAAGUGCCGAAAAGGGGAAAAACGAAAAAACAGAUUCCUCUGACACAGAAGGUGAAGCCAGUCCUGAUACGCCUUCGAACCUGAUGAGGUAUGUGACUUGGGUUGUCGACAAGCUGCACUCAAAUGAUGUUGAUCAUUUGCGAUCACAUCACAGUGAACACACAUUGAACAUUGGUGAGCUCUGCGCUGGGAUGGCAACGUGCACCAUAGCUUCAAAAACUUUGGAGGCCAAGAUCACAGAGAUACUUGGAUUGACAGUUGCUUGCCAAACAGUAUUCUACAGUGAAAUGGUGGCGUGGAAGAGAGCUCUUUGCCAGGAAGUGCAUCGGAGUUGUGGUGGAGAGCAUGCUGCGCCUGCACUGUUCAAAGCAAAGACAGCUGAGCUGAAUGGCUUGAAAGAGCCCAAUGUAGACAUUUUGAUCCGAGCCAUUGAAUGUGAUGAUGUCAGUUCCAUGACAACCACCCCUUGCUCAAUCUUGGACAGAGAGGGCAGAAGCGGCUCCAGCUUCAUGGAAAUGCUAGAUGUGUUGUCUUCAUGUGGCAUGGAUGCUAGACCGCGCUUCAUCAUGCUGGAGUGUGUGGCUGCACUGGACAAGAUGCGCAAGGCUGUCAAUGAAAAAGGGACAAAAGUUGCAACAGACAAACUGUCAGAGCUAGGAUACGCUGGCUCAUGGAACCUGGUCAACACUCGUGACUUUGGGAUCCCACAAAGCAGAUCAAGAACAUAUGGUGUUUUUGUGAUGCGAAGUGCAGGGUUUGGUGCACAUGGCCAAGAGAUUCACAUGAAGCAGGUGCAAAGAGUUUGGGAUUUUGUUGCAAGUUGCAAAGUUGACAAGCCAGAUGUUCUUGCCAAGUUCUUGUCAGAUGCCAAGUUUGCCUUGCGUGACUCAGAGAUGAAGCGCAAAGUUCAGAAGGCGUUGGUGCAGCAGAAGGACAAGUUGGACCUCACUGAGCGGGAGGUUGAAUGCGCGAUCCUGAAGCUUGCCCUGCAAUUGCGGAAGAAUCCUUUGGACCAGGAUUGCCUGGUGGCAAACACUGGGGACUCCGUCAACUACGCUUAUAGGACACCCUCGGCUUGCUCGGAAGCGGGCGCGCUGGAAGCCAACGAUGAGCGUGAGUGCUUGGCACCCAAGAUAGCAAGCCUGCCGUUGCCAGUUGAGAUGCCAGAUGUUGUUGAAGAGAUUGCCACUAUGUCUGGGCAUUCAGCAGAAGCUCGAAAUUUGAUUGGCGUCGCGCGCUCUAUCCUGAGCACUGGCUUUCAUGUGGAGGAAUGUUUGAUUUCCAGGGACACUUUGCCUGGAAUGUGCAAGUUGAAAUUUGGGCAAGGUAUGAAGCGUGGACUCAGUGUGAAGCUCGUGUGGUGUCUCAUGCGGAAGGCCAUCCAAGAUGGGAAGAUUGAGAAGGAUGACCAUGCCCUCGAAUUUAUGCAAGCCUUUGACAAAGUGGGGACGGACUACUCGCAGAUCUUCGCUUGGGACAACCCCCAGGAACGGAGGAACAACGGCAAGUUGCUUUGUUGUGUGCUGGACAAACUUUUGAAGGGCUACCAGACCAAGGUUGAUGUGGAGGGGGUCGCAAUUGAAGCGCCUAUGACAAAAAAGCGCAAAGGAAGACGUGCUGCUGUCAAGAAGGAUGACAAUCAGAAUUCCAAUGUCAAUGUUGCAGAUGGCAGCAACCGUGCUUCUGAGAUCCGCAUCGGCAGUGUUAGCGUGGCGCCGGCGCCAUUUAUGGCCAGGAAGCCCCCCCCAGCAGAGGGGAUGACGCCGACUGAAGCUGAGGAGUUCGCACGGCGAGGCGCCGCUGCAAUGCAAAAGAAACUGUUGCCUGAUCGGGUGACGGCCAAGCCCUUGCAGUUCGGCAUGGAUUUGACACCAGAAGACCAUGAAGCCUUGGUCAUGAAGAUUGUCAGCGUGUACGAGAGUGACUUGGAAACAAAGGGUGAGUUGGCCAAGCUCACCAUGGACCAGCUGUGGAGCUACCGCAUGGUAGUGCAGGCAUGGCGUCAAACAGUGAUUCAUUGUGCCCGAGCGGACCUUGGUGAGCGAAGCUUCCAAGAGGUCCAGAGUGCCAUUGAAAGUGGAGACGCGUUGGACCAGCAGCUGUGCAAUUGCUUGAAAAGCUUUCCGCUUGAAUUUGGCCUCACAAUGUUGCCUGACGUCAAGUGUAUGACAGCUGCUUCUGAGAUGCCAGAUGCAGAAGUCAAUGAUGUCAUUGAGAUGGCCGAGAGGGAUGAAUGGACUUCCAAGUUCGUCUCUGUGGGGGCCAAGUUGAAGUCGGAUUGGAAGACGCUCAACUCAGUGUCAGAUGGCUAUGAGGUUCUUGGAGACUGCCUGGAUUGGUUGUCGACCCAAAAGAAACUGAAAGUUGCGCAGCAUGCGCGGGAGACAGUUGACAGGCACAUGCAGUUUUUCUGCCCCGUGUUAGCUGUGGAAAGCAAUGACAGCUUGCCUGGUGACCUGGAGGGGCUGAUGGCUUUCCUGCCAGCGCUGGCUCAUGCUGAUGGGAAGUGUGGGCAACACUGUGGUGUUGUCUUUCCAAACCGCAGCCGAGAGGAUAGUGAAUGUGAUCCCAUGGAAGACGAGUGGGACAUUGUCCGAAAGAUGCGUGAGGCUGGCUUCAAACGGCAAGCGCCUUUCUUCAUGCCUUUGCGAGUGCCCAUGGAGGAGGCUGCAAGCCAAGCACAAUGGGACUUUGGGAUGCGGGGACGUCUCGCGUUUUGGGGAAAUGAGUCCGUGCCCAAUGUUUUUGCGCAGUGCUCCGAGCUGGUGAGAACUGGAAAACUGCCUGAGGGGGAGCUCUCUUCAGAGACGCUACCAAUCAUUUCCACUGCUGCAGAAACCGAAAGAGCAGAUGGAAUGCGUGUUUGCGCAGCGACGUGGUCUGCCCAGAAAGGCGGUGAAGUCUGGAAGAUUGUGUACCAACAGCUCAUGAUGACCAGCAAAGCCAAUCCUGCUGCAGCACCUCCACUUGUGAAGCCAAAUGAUGAAAUCACCAUCCUGGACUCUCAUGUCCACAAUGGGGACCAUGCUCUGGGGUCUUGCUUAAUGUCAGCAGAAGGAGGGCCUGUGCAGAGACAUGUGAUGCUGAAGUUUCUGCGGGACAAGAAGAGCGUCAAUGCUUGUGAGUUCUCGCUAAAGAGAGUUGCUGGGCACCAGGUGGCUGAAACAUGA